UUAAGACGAUGGACAAGCGAGUCACGCGCGGUGUACUCGGCAGGCACUGAGACCACGCGGAACGUGCUGCGCUGUCAGUUAGCUGUCGCUCACGUUGAGCCGUUGAUGCUCCUCGUUCUCACCGGAGAGAAAACAGCCGAGCUCAACCGCUGCGGGGCGGACAGACUCCGGGGGUUAUACACGUUAAUUAAUUUCUCACGGUCGCUUUUUCCCCCUUCUUUCACCCCCCCCCCCCCAUCUCUCUAAAUGACGUGGGCAUAAUGAGGUGAGUAUGGCUAAGCGACCGGGGACCGACGACGGGAUGUUGACUUCGCCGACAAUUCUCCGGGACUUCGCGUCCGGGCUGAGCUCCGGGGACCUGAACAUGGACUGCGGCGACGGAGCCGCGGAGGUGUCCCUGGAAGACAUCCUGAAGCUGUACAGCCAGCCGAUUAACGAGGAGCAGGCCUGGGCUGUGUGUUACCAGUGCUGUCGGACUUUAGCGCAGAAACGCAGGAGAAAAAGCUCCAAGUCAGCCGUUGGUUCGGCAGUCGAUUACCCGAGGAGAAUUGAGGGACCUGGGGAUGUGAGGAUCGGGAGAGACGGCACCGUGAAGCUGCCCUUCGGAGAUUGCACAGAUAAAUACCAGCCGGCUGCAACGUCACUAGAGGUCAUUGACUCAUUGGGUAUCAUGAUUUACAAAGCUUUGGACUAUGGCCUCAAAGAAAACGAGGAGCGGGAACUCAGCCCUCCGUUGGAGCGCCUCAUUGACCUGAUGACAAACGCCGAAAAAAACCAGAGUGACCCCUGUCCUGACGAAGGCUACGAAGCCACAGAGGAGGAAGAUGAGUGUGAGGAGGGAGAGGAAGGAGGAGAGGAGAAGGAAGAGGAGCCCGUCUCUGCCACCAACCCUGGCUCUGUCUCCAGCAUUCGCAGCUAUCAAGACCUCAUCGCACUAUGUUCUUCCCACCUGCCCAACUCAUCUGACGCCUCGAGUCAUUACCAGGCUGUGUGUCGGGCUCUUUAUGCUGAGACCAGAGAACUAAAAACCUUUCUGGAGAAGAUCAAGAAUGCCAAAGAGAACCUUCGGAAAAUGGAAGGUGGGACUCGAGAGCAACCCAUCCAAGACCUCGAUGAGCUGCAAAAUGCAGAUUGGGUAAAAGCACGAUUCUGGGUGCAGGUGAUGCGUGAUCUACGAGAUGGUGUUAAAUUAAAGAAGGUUCAGGAGCGGCAGUACAACCCAUUAGCCAUUGAAUACCAGCUCACGCCGUACGAAAUGCUGAUGGACGAUAUCCGCUCCAAACGCUAUAAGCUGCGGAAAGUCAUGGUCAAAGGAGACAUCCCACCAAGGUUAAAGAAGAGUGCUCAUGACAUCAUUCUUGAAUUCAUCAGGUCAAGACCCCCUCUCAACCCCGUUGCAGCCCGCAAACUGAAACCCCACCCGGUCCGACCGCGGAGCCUCCACGAGCGACUGCUAGAGGGCAUCAAAGCUGAAAGAAAACUCAGGCCGGUUUCACCGGACAUGAUCCGCAGAAACCGCCUCGUCAUGCGACCUCUUAGCAUGUCUUACAGCUUUGACUCAUCAGGUGCAGGGAAAAGCAUCAGCACUCCUCAGGAAUUAUUUCGCAGCUCAGACACCCCUGAUGCACUCAGGAAAUUGGCUGUCAGCACCCAGUUUCUGGACAGUAGCUCCCUGCUGGAACCCAAUCAAGACUCCGCCCAGCAACUUAGCCAGAGGAAGAGGGUGCUCAAAGCACCCACACUGGCUGAGUUGGACGGCUCAGAAUCUGACGAGGACACCACACAGAGCAGCUCCAGUAUGUCCACAUCUUUGUCCCCAGUGUCUGUCGGAGAGAAGAAGGUUCCUCCAAAGUUGCGGCCUGUGUCUGCAACCCCACAUUCAAACGAGCGUCGGUCUCCACCGAGGCGGCACUCAAUCGAGAAGGAGACCCCCACAAAUGUCCGCCCUUUUGUACCUCCUUCCAGACAGACCAAGUCUUUGAUGAUGGCGGAUCCCAGGGCAAAGGUUGAAGCCGCCAGCGGUGCUCAGGGCCCGGAGGAGUUCUGCUACCCAGCGGAGUGUCUGGCUCUGACGGUGGAGGAGGUGAUGCACAUCAGGCAGGUUCUGGUCAAGGCAGAACUGGAGAAGUUUCAGCAGUACAAAGAAAUCUACACUGCCCUCAAGAAAGGAAAGGUUUGCUUUUCCUGUCGGACCAAAAGGUUCUCUCUCUUUACCUGGUCCUACACCUGCCAGUUCUGCAAAAGGCCUGUGUGUUCCCCGUGCUCUAGAAAGAUGCGGCUGCCAUCAAAGCCCUACUCCACCCUUCCCAUCUAUGCUCUGGGCCCGAGUGCUAUGGCUAAAGAAGAGGCAAGUGGAGCGUCUGGCCCUGCUGUACCAGAGAAGCACCCAUUUGGGUCGGCACACAGUCGAAGUAGCCUACGCAGAAGUGUUCGCAGGUUGUCAAAGCACAGCAGCAACGAUGGGCAGUCACUGGAUGAGCCUGAGCUGCCCAAGGAGCUAACCGAGGACUGGGUCACCAUGGAGAUCUGUGUAGACUGCAAAAAGUUCAUUACAGAAAUCAUCACCUCCAGCAAGCGCAGCCUGUGCGUGGCCACCAAACGUGCCCGUCUCAAUCGCAAAACCCAAUCCUUCUACAUGUCGUCGUCCACCUCUGUCAACUUCAGGCCCUCUGAGCGCAGCAUCAAUGAGGUGUAGGGGGUGGGACUGCCCUUUGCACUUUCUUAAUGCCUUUCUUAGAGCCAAGUCGUCUACUGACAAAAAAACAACCCAACCCCCUCAAUGAUGCCCGUCCCUCUCACCCCAAAGUUAAAGGUUCUUGUACCUUACCCUGUCUCAGGAAAAGUUGGCAGGCUAUGAUUGGUCAUGACUGGUCAUGACUGUAUGGUAGCUGCCAGUUAACAAAGGAGAGCCAUAAAUCUAUUAAAGUCAGUCAAAUCGUUUAGAUGCUAAUGUUGCUAUUGUGAACGAGGUAAGAGAAUGUAUAUAUUUGACAUAAAAACGAAUCAAAAUGCCAAAAGCUGCAGAUUUGAUAGGUCAUCGUCGGCCCCUCCCAAAUCUUGGUUUUGCGUAUAUUUUCAAGUUCGUGUUUACUUCUAGCACUCAGGAUUAGCAACAGAUUGUCUUUUGACAGAAAUAAACACCGUAUAUCUUCCUGUUGGGGUAAACCCUGCCACUCAACUCCCCUGCCCUCCACUCUUUUGCUUCCAAUAACAAUUAUGCUAAAUGUAACAUCAUUCAUUUAAAAGUAAGUUUAAAUGCAUAAUUACUGCUUUCUCAUGUUGUGGGAAUGACAUUUGGGGGCAAGAUUAGUCAGUUAUUUUUCUUGGGUGGUUUUAGCUAGUAAUUUUAAUGUCAAUUCAAUUCUGUGCCUGGUGCCAAAAUGUAAUGUCUUUGAAUGCUUUUGUAGUUAUGGACCUCUUGUACAUACGUGUGUUAUAAGCUCAAUGGGGCUAUUUUUAGGGUUAAUCCAAAGUUUUGACUCUACCCCUUUCCAUUUUCCACGCUGGGCAACAGAAGCACAGAAAUGUAAGGAUAUGAAUGUGUACAUGCUGUAAAUCUUAAUUGUUUUAAAUUUAAUAUAAAAUAUGUAUAGUUUUAUCAUGUCACACGAUUUCUGCCUCUUGAGUGUCUUCUGUUGAAAUUAUUUUCUGACAACUUUAUUGUUAUUAUUACCGUAUGUUUGUCCAUCUGAUAUUUUAUUUUAUUUCUAUUGUAUAGUUUAUAAACUCCUCAGUGUUAAAAUACUCUUCUAAAUCGCACUUUUAUUGGAACCAAUUAUUGUUAUAUUUAUGUUUCGUAUAAUUAAUACAAAUUAUUAAUAUUUUCCUUUUCAAAUCGUGGGGGAGUCCAUAAUGCCAUUUCUUAGUUCUUCAUGAAUGAAUGAAAAAGUGAGAAUGGCUAAGGGUUGUUUAUGAGAUGGACUAACGGCUAAAAACAGAGCACUCCAUUUAUUGAAUGUAGGCAACUUUGUUACGGUCAUUGAAUAUUCGUAAUGAAUGUGUUACCCCUUUCAAAAUACUUUCUACACAAACAUUUGUUCAUAUAGUAUGUUUUGCAAUUCUCAAAUUCGUAAAAAGCCUAACCAGCCUGUUCAAUAAUGAUGCCAUGUUUCAUAAAUCCAUACAUCUGUUUUAUUUUCACCUCUAAGGAAUGUAUGCAUGUUGUACUGUGAUCUGUUUCUUUUAUCAAAGAAAUUAUAAUAAAACAUCAUCAUUCAUA